CUGAGCCGAGCAGAGCAGAGCACCUAUUUGAUUGGGUUAGCUGUGUUUUAUGGAGAGCAGGCGCAGAGUUCGCUGGGCAUUGACGAGGCCAGAAGAUCACCUAUCGAACAAUCAGACACAGAGCCAGAAUCAGAGCCAGAACCAGCCCAAAUCCACGACAAUUAUCAAGUAUGAAAAAUCCUCGUGCCUGUUCUGCAACGAAUGGUUCGAUGCACAGACAUUCACAGAACAUCUAAUACACUGCGGUCAGGUGCUGGAGGAGUGCCCGAAUAGCUGUCAGGUGUUUAUACCGCGCAUUCGCAUGCGCUCACAUUUGAAGGAGUGUCCGCGAUCCAAGAAUCUGCACAACCAGCGGCUGAGUGUCAGCAUGGACCGGCUGGAUCAGCAGCAGUCCGAUCAUCGGCUGCAGGUGCUCGAGCAGGACAUCAGCACCAUACGAUCGGUGCUCAAUGAGGAGAUACGCCAGCGUUUGCAUCUGAUCACCGAUGUGGGCAAUAUACGCAAGCAGAAUCAAGUGGUCGAGGACUGGACCCGCGGCACGGACGACACCCUGGGCGGUCUGCGUCGCCAGCUGGAGGAGGAGGCCUCGCAGCGGGCCUAUGUCGCCGAGCAAAAUCAAAUUGAUUUCCAAUACUGCUGCAAUAUCACGCAGUCUUUGAAGGAGCAAGUCGAAAUCAAAUUGGAUGAGGCGCAGAAGCUGGUGAAUCAGCUGUCCAUCGAUGUGACCUUCCACCAGAACCAGCUGAACGACAACAUCCUCAAGCUCGAAGAGCUGAUCUUCGAAAACGAAAGACUGAACCGGGAUAAGUUCUUUCGCAUCGAGGAGUUCCUGCAGCAAAUCAAUGAGGACAUUAAAACCAAGCUGGGCACCAGCGACUAUGCCACCAACAAGCAGGCCACCCUGGACUACGAGGUCAAGAAUGUCAAGAAUAUCGUCUGCGAAACGGAGGAGCGCUGCGAUAAGCUGCAGAAUGUGGUACAGGAUCUGGAUCGAUCACUGCAUCAGACCAUGCAGAAUCUAUCCGAUAUGGAGAACCAAAUGGCCAUGCAACAGCGCCUCGCCAGCGUACAGAAUAUAAGGGGUCAUCUGAUAUUUCGCAUUAAGGAUUACUCCAAAAAGCUGGAUGAGGCCAAGCAGUAUGACACCAUUUUGCAUUCCGCCAUGUUCUCCAAUAAGGCAUUUGGCUAUGCUUUAAGGCUGGAUAUAUAUCUGAAUGGGAAGGGCACCUGGAAGGGUCGUAAUCUGAUUGCCUGCCUCAAUGUACUAUCCGGGGAAUACGAUCCAUUGCUGGCGUGGCCCUGUCGCCUGCAGGCCGAGGUUAUUAUCCGUGAUCAGUGCUCGAAUCUGUUGGAGGCCCAGGACUAUGUAAAGACAAUUUUUGUGCGCAAGAAGAGCGACGACUUCAUCCAGACCAAUCAGUACUUUCACAUACCCCACAAGGUCAUCACCAGUCGCAAUUAUUUGCGCAAUGAUUCCAUGUUCAUCGAGGUUCGCGUCAUGAAAUAAAAUAUUCUUUUUCGUUGUGGCACUCGUAGAGAAACGUCAAC